GCCUCGCCCAUAAACUGUCACUUGCUGUUUAUAUAAGCACACCGACCUAUAGACAAUGUGUUUAUGCCCGUGUGUUGUAUAUGUGGGCAUUGAGCCUUUUCGAUUCUGAUUUUCUCUCUCCUGCUAAAAUCUCAGGUCUGAGCAUAUAAUCCGAUUGUCUCUGUGGGCAAAAUGACGGCUAUUAAACUUGGUGGUGCACUGAAUUUUGGAAUAACUGGUACCAAAUAUGAAAGAAGAGGAAUUGAGAAACCUUUUGUUGCGAAAACCUCAGCUCAAGUUCGUCAUCACUCUUACAAUGGCGGAAUGAAUGUAAGGAAACUGAGAUUCAAUAAUGUGGUGAAGAAUUGUGGGUUAACCAGUGGUGAACAAGCUCUGGAUUAUGAGUUGGAUUCUUCAAAUGUGGAGGAAAGGUUAGCUUCAACCCGAGAGAGGCUCAUAGACGGUUCAAACGAAGGAAUCAUUGCGUUGCAGGGGACUUCAAAUGAUCAAUCACUGACGCAAAGUGUCCAAACUGAGCUUAUAAUGCUCUCUUUACCUGCUAUUGCCGGACAAGCAAUUGAACCCUUGGCACAACUUAUGGAGACAGCCUAUAUUGGCAGAUUGGGUGCCUUGGAGCUGGCAUCAGCUGGUAUUUCCAUAUCGAUUUUUAAUAUAAUAUCCAAGGUAUUCAACAUUCCUCUCCUUAGUGUUGCAACUUCCUUUGUGGCCGAAGACAUCUCUAGGCAUGCGAGCAAGGAAUCUACUUCAGAUGAAAGAAAGCUACUGCCCUCAGUCUCUACUGCCUUGGUGUUAUCACUCGGAAUUGGUAUAUUUGAGGCUGCAGCAUUGUAUUUUGGAGCUGGACUGUUUCUCAACAUGAUGGGUAUAUCAGCAGCUUCACCCAUGCGCAUUCUGGCACAACAAUUUCUUAAGCUUAGAGCAUUUGGUGCCCCAGCUGUUGUACUCUCCCUGGCCAUUCAAGGCAUCUUGCGUGGAUUCAAGGACACAAAGACCCCUGUAUUAUGUCUAGGACUUGGCAAUUUUGCAGCUGUAUUCUUAUUUCCCAUACUUAUGUAUGUUUUUGGCCUUGGUGUAACUGGUGCAGCCAUCUCCACUGUUGUAUCUCAGUACAUAGUUACCUUUUUGAUGAUAUGGUAUCUUAAUAAGAAGACUGUACUCUGGCAACCCAAUUUGAAAUGUUUACAUUUUGGAGGCUACCUAAGAUCGGGUGGUUUUCUUCUUGGAAGAACGCUUGCUGCUGUUAUGACCGUAACUUUGAGCACAUCAAUGGCUGCUCGUCAAGGACCAUUAGCCAUGGCCGCCCAUCAGAUAUGUUUGCAAGUAUGGUUAUCUGUAUCUCUCCUUGCAGAUGCCCAAUCUGCAUCUGGCCAGGCUCUUAUUGCAAGUUCUUUCGCAAAACAGGACUACAGAAGAGUAAAAGAAAUUACUUAUUUUGCUUUAAAGGCAGGAUUGUUUACUGGCAUUUUCUUAGCUGCAAUAUUGGGUGUGUCUUUUGGUUCUUUAGCUACGUGGUUCACCACUGACAUGGAAGUGUUAGGUAUUGUUAGAUCCGGGAUACUGUUUGUCAGUGCUAGCCAGCCUCUCAAUGCUCUAGCUUAUAUUUUUGAUGGUCUCCAUUAUGGUAUUUCAGAUUUUUCAUAUGCUGCUUACUCAAUGAUGGUCGUGGGGGCAAUGUCAUCUGCAUUUCUGCUAUAUGCUCCUUCAGUUGUUGGUCUUUGGGGAGUUUGGUCAGGUUUAACUCUUUUCAUGGGCCUGCGUACUGUUGCUGGAUAUAUGAGAUUAUCAUCAGAAAAUGGUCCGUGGUGGUUUUUGCAGGACAGCAAUAACGAAGGUUGGUUGAUAGACACAUCUGUUGAGCAUGAAUAAUAUAUAGCUGAUUUGCAAAUAGAUGUUUGAAACAUCAAAUCAUUCAUAAUGUAUCAAUUCCAUAACUCGGUUUAUUAACUUUUUCAUUUGUUUUGAACUACAUAAUAUUGAAACACAAAACUCUGUCCUUAUAGAAAACAUAGGUGAUAAGUCUACAGUUGAGCUUUUACCAUCAAGACUGAGUCAGGUUUGGCAAAAAUUCCUCUCAUAGAAGAAGUUUUAAGUUCACAAAAGGAUUAUACAAUUCAAACCUAUGGGUAAGCCUCAUAGUUCUAGGAUCAUAGAAGGUUUUUCAACUUACCUUUUAAAACUCAUGGUAUGUAUUUGCUCGACAAAAGAUGGAAGAAAAUAAAAAUAAAAAUGAGGGCCAAAAUGUGGUAGGAUCUACAUUCACACACCAACUAAGAAGAGAAGAUCAACUGUCUACCCCCAUUGGGAAUUGUAAUUCAAGUCGUGAGAAUGCUUUGUCCCGUCCCGCCUUUCAGCAGCACACGUUUCUGCUAAUGUACAUGUGGGUGAAAAAUGAGAUGACCCUUUCUUGACGUAUAUCAUGAGCACAUCUUUCCCUCCACUCCAACCACGAGUUUUUUUCCAUUACUCUUGUAUAUCGUUAAUCACUUCACUGCUUAUUUUUGCUGAUAUAUAGUUAUAUGUCACUAUUCUAUUAUUAAAGCUAAAUUACUGUCGUAUUCAUAUAUAAAAUGUUCAGUUUUCUGAUUAAUCUUAUUUCCAGAUUGCCAUCGUACACAACAUG